AUGGCGUAUCAAGCAGAGUCGCACUCGAGGUUCGACGCACCUGAGGUACAUUUCGGGCUGUCGCCAUUCCCCAACAUGGGGGAGAUCCACCCUGACUCGCGCCUCCACCCAAGCAGACAUCCACACCAGUCCAGCACCAUCCACCUGCAGGAUUAUAACGCAGCCGCAAAGGUUGGAAUCAUAGUGGAACUGGAGAAGCGCUCCAGGCACCGUUGCGUGCCUCUCCGUAAUAUUAGCUCUGCUCCAAGAUCUACGCCUCCACCCGUCUGUCGCGUGCCCCUGACCUCUACUGAGACUCAACUAGCAUUCAUCACUGAGAACUCCUGUAACAUCGAUCGCAUUUCUGUGAUUUUAAUCUUCUUCCCUCUUUCAGACAAAGAAGAGGGCAAGAGGAAGAAGAGCAAAUCCAAGGUGGAUUGCUGUGGCUUCCCUCUCAGUAUCUUCUUCAUAGUGGUGAAUGAGUUCUGUGAGCGCUUUUCCUACUAUGGCAUGAAAGCCGUGCUCGUGCUAUACUUUCGCUACUUCCUACAAUGGGAUGAUGACCUGGCCACCACCAUCUACCACACCUUUGUGGCCCUGUGUUACCUGACGCCCAUCCUGGGGGCCAUCGUGGCUGACUCCUGGCUGGGGAAGUUCAAGACUAUAGUGUAUCUGUCCGUUGUGUACACUAUAGGACAGGCCAUUCUGGCAGUUAGUGCCAUCCAUGACAUUACAGACUUGGAUCACAAUGGCAAGCCUGAUAGCAUGGCUUUCCACGUGGCUCUUUCUAUGGUGGGUCUGUCCCUCAUCGCCCUGGGGACAGGCGGGAUUAAACCCUGCGUGUCUGCCUUUGGGGGAGACCAGUUUGAGGACCAACAGGAGAAGCAGAGAAGCACCUUCUUCUCCAUCUUCUAUAUCUCUAUCAACGCCGGCAGCCUGCUCUCCACCCUCAUCACACCUAUUCUCCGAGCUCAGGAGUGCGGUAUUAACUCCCAGCAGAAGUGUUAUCCCCUGGCGUUCGGCGUGCCUGCUGUGUUAAUGGCAGUAGCCCUGGUUGUGUUCAUCAUGGGCAGCAACAUGUACACUAAAGCCGCCCCAAAAGGCAACAUCAUGCUGGAAGUGUGCAGGUGCAUCGGAUUUGCCAUAAAGAACCGCUUUCAGCACCGUAGCAAGCGCUACCCGAAGAGGGAGCACUGGAUGGACUGGGCCAAUGAAAAAUACGACAAACUCCUGAUUGCUCAGGUGAAGAUUGUGUUAAAGGUUCUCUUCCUCUAUAUCCCACUGCCUAUGUUCUGGGCUCUGUUUGACCAGCAGGGCUCUCGAUGGACUCUCCAGGCCACCACUAUGGAUGGAAACUUUGGUGCCUUCAAGGUGGAACCAGAUCAAAUGCAGAUUGUCAACCCCCUUCUGAUCCUGGCUAUGGUGCCCUUAGUGGACAGCGUUGUCUAUCCUCUCACCAAGAAGUGUGGCCUGAACUUCACGCCUUUGAGAAGGAUGACCGUGGGAAUGUUUAUGGCAGGUUUAGCGUUUAUCGCUGCAGCAUUACUGCAGAUUCAGAUUGAUAAAACCCUCCCCACGUUCCCGUCCGCCUCUCAGUCUCAGGUGAAGUUCCUAAACCUGGAGAACAGCGUGUUACCUGUUACCGUGGACGGAGCAACGUACAGCAUACAGCCUUUCCAGUCCACAGAUGACUACUUGAUGUUUAAUGAGAACACGGUGACCAUAGCUGUGGGGAGCAGACCUCCAGUCACGGAAACGUUACUCAAAGGGGAACGCCAAACCAUCCUGCUCACCUCCACCGGAAUCAAAGGGAGAAAUCGAGACGUGAAUGCCAAACCGGAACAAGGGAACAACGAAAUCAGGCUGGUGAACGGCUUUGAAGCGGAGGUGAACAUUACUGCAGGAUCUAAAGACCUGGGCUUCAUCCCCCAGUUUGGGUUCUCCAACUAUACCCAGCUCCCGGAGGGCACGUCGACGUUCCUCAUUUCCAACAGGAUGGGGCAGAUUUGCGAGUACUCUCAGAGUCUGGGAUUUGGUAGCUCCUACACACUCCUCAUCCCCGGUGACUUCAGCUUCGGACCUGAGUGUGCGAAAACCAUCCGGCCAAUAGAAGACAUCAAGCCCAACACGGUGCACAUGGCGUGGCAGAUUCCCCAGUACUUCCUCAUGACAACUGGAGAGGUGGUCUUCUCUGUCACUGGCCUGGAGUUCUCCUACUCACAGGCGCCCAGCAACAUGAAGUCGGUCCUUCAAGCUGGCUGGUUGCUCACUGUUGCCGUGGGCAACAUCAUCGUACUGAUCGUGGCUGAGGCCGGCCAGCUUCCAGACCAGUGGGCCGAGUACGUGCUCUUCGCAUCCCUCCUGAUCUGCGUGUGCGUCAUCUUCUCCAUCAUGGCUUACUUCUACACCUACAUCGACCCGAUGGAGAUCGAGGCCCAGUUCGCCGAGGGCGGGCCCCAGGACAAAGAAGAGAAGAGCAAGAACCUAAGCAUGACAGACGUCAUCCCUGCCUCAGAAGACAAGAAGUCUGAGGUCAAGCAGUCCCGGAUCUGAACGCCAAGCUGCCCCUCCCUCCUGCUGCGUAAUAGUUUCUGCUGAUCUGGGAUCUGUUUUACUGUGUUCUUUGAGUGUAGGGAUACUGUACUGAAAGACCUACCAAUCAGGAUCUUUCUUGGUUAAGGAGGCGUGGUUAUUUGCCAAAAAGGGUGGAGCUCUGCGGAGAGUGAGCAAUAACCUAGAGACAGCCAGGUCCUUAGUCAGUUCAGUACCCUGAACACCCUGUUUUAGUGGCCCAGUCUUACAGUCUGAGCUGUUCCUGGACCAGCAUGGAAGGUCAUGUUUUUGUCUAGUUUAUGGGGUGUGUUAUCAUAGCGGGGGAGGCGUGGUUAUGUAAAUGAAAGCUGCUGGUAUCUGUUGCGAGUGUUUGUCACGUCUCCUGUGCGUUAACGCCAGUGUAUAAUUGACGGAGAGUGUGUGUUAAUGUGUGUGCUGGUGUUGAUGGAGUGUGUUAAUGCCAGUGUGUAGUUCUUGAGUGUGUUUAUGUGUCAUGUUUUAAUUCUCUCCACAUACAAAGGGCAAAUAAUUAAACAUUUGUGUUUAAUGCCUUCGAGCAUAAAGCU